AUGAAUGAACGGGGCAUUGUGGAGGCCGACAGUCUCGAGAAUCUUAAUUACAAUGAUCGAAAUGAAGCAUUGAGCAAAGAAAUUCUGCACCUACCCAUGCUCUCUGGUUCAGACAGUAUUGGAAGUGAAAGCUUGGACUACAGGGGCUAUCUGGACAUAGAAUUCGAUGGCAGCGCUUCCUUUAGCAGCGAAGUAAGUUUCGAUUUCUAG